AGAUGUGAUUAGUGGCAUUCAAUAUUAGUAUGAACUAGAACAGAAAUUUGAUUCAUUGCCUGUAUGAACAAUGAAUCAAAAUUUGCAAUGAUUACCAUGAAUUAAUCACAUUGCAUACUGUUAGAAUAUCAAAAAAGUAAAUUCAAAUUUGAUUCAUUGCCAGUAUGAGGUUAAGAAAUCUGUAGAGAGAAGUCAUAGUUACGGCAUCACUCUGGACUGUUAUUCUCUCGGCAUCAUGAGAAUCUCUAGCAUCAGUCACCAAAGUUAUAUGCAUCUGAUUUCUCUGAAAGCACACCUCUAUUUGCAUACUGAGGUGAAAAGUCUUCCCUACAUUAUGGAUAUUGUUAUUAUUAGAUCAAGAAACAUUUUUGACACAAGUGAAAUGUAGGGAUGAAUGUUAUGUUUCAUCAAAUAAACCUUACUCAUAUUUUGGAUGUUUCAUGAAAUAAACCUUACUCAUAUUUUUGCUGUUAGUUGCUGUAUUGCUCAUGAAUUGUCUGACCAAACCAAAAUCUACGAUAUUGGGAAUCAUGUUUUCAUCUAGCAAAAUGUUGCUAGCUGACAGGUCUCAGUGUAUAAUUCUUAGUCUAGAAUCUCGGUGGAGGUAGCGAAUUAGAGUUUGGGGUAAUUGGUCCGGAUUGAAUUUGGCUUCCCACCUAAUGAGUCACAUCUUUGGUUCAUCCAAAAUAUGUGAUUGUUUAAGAAUUCCCUUUGUACUUUGAAAGCAAAAUUUGUUUACAGGAAUUCAUGAAAAACCUAUAGCUGUACUGAUUCAUUUGUUAAUUUUGCCAACAUUAAUUGCUUGGUCAGGGUAUAUGGUUUUUCCUGAAUUGACUUGAAUGUUUGAAGGUUCAUAUCACUCUGCUUGCAGUUUGUAUGUAAGACAGUGCAGAAUUAUCGGUGUCUAUAUCAAAGCAAGACCAAAGCUUCUGCCAGUAUCUUCCUGCCAUUUUCAUUAGCAUACAUGUAUGCAUAUAUUCCAACGUUCAGGCGGUUCAGGUACUCAAUGGAGUGAUAAGGUUCCUAACUCUAGCCAAGCUUCUUAGACUAUUUUUGUCUAACACAGGUUUUUCGUGCCAGUAUCCCUUCACCUGUGCCUCACUGACUAAAGGGUUGUUUGCUCUUAUUUUAAAAGUAGCUGCGGUGGAAAUGGAAAAGGAACAGCAGUUGAAUUCUGUGCCUCAAAUAGAUAUUGUUAAAAAAAAAGCUAUGCUGCCUAAAUUCAGAACUUCCAAGAGGAAAGCGUUUUUCGGAACACCAGAAAAUCUGCAACGAGAACUUACAGGUCGUGACACAGCAACGCCUUCGCAUUGUUAUGAAAAUGAGGGUGCAGUUGGAUCGAAUCACUCUAAAAAAAAAAAAGGGGCGAUCAAUACAAUCCUGAUUGUAUUGACGUGUGUCAAAUGAAUGAAAGUGUGCCAGUUACAAAUUCAGUUUCAUAUGGUCAGGCACUCUACCAAAGAAGUCGUCAAGGUUUGAUCAUAGAUUACAAAGAUUCUGGCGACAGUUCGUUUGGGUGUGGCCACUGUGGCGCUUAUUUUUGGAAAGGUGAGGCAUUAGCCAACAAUAUUCGAACAAAUAACACUGUGCCUAUUUACACCGGAUGUUGUCAGAAAGGAGAAAUACAGAUUCUUUCGUCGGACUCAACACCACCGUUUCUCCAGCAGUUACUCGAUCCAAAUAAUGGCCGAAGAAGCAUACUGUUUCGUGAAAACAUUCGAGUUUACAAUUCAAUGUUCGCUUUUACCUCGAUGGGUGCGAAGAUCGAUUAUGACUUAAACAGAAGAUCAGGACCUUAUGUUUUUAAAAUAUGUGGUCAGAUACAUCAUUUAAUGGGCUCUGCAUUACCUGUUGAGGGAGAACGUCCUAAAUAUGCACAGUUAUACAUUUAUGACACCAACAAUGAAGUUUCUAACCGAAUGGAUGCUAUUGACCCAUGCCAUACUAAUAAGAAAACCAAACCUGAUAUUGUGGGAGGGUUGAUACAAAUGUUUGAUGAAAUAAAUGAGCUGGCUAAAGAAUACCGAAAUGUUAGAGAUAAAUUUGAAGAUGAGUCAUUGUCUUUGUUUAACAUGACUAUACUUGGAGGACAGCCAACUGAUAAUAGACAAUACGAGUUGCCCACCAACGAUGAGAUAGCCGGUCUAAUUGUUGGUGACAUUGGAGAAUUUAAUUCUAACAGAGACAUUAUUAUUGAAUCAAACGAUAGACAAAAUAGUUCGAGCACCCUGUUAAAAGGUGGGAGAUUGUUUCAGCAAUACUUAGUUGAUGCUUACGCGACUGUUGAAGAAAAUAAUUUAGACUUCAUAAGGCAUAACCAAGGCAAGGGAGAUUCAGUUCACGCUCUCAUCGAUGAGGAUCAGCACGAUGGUAUGACACAGACGGUGGAACUAGGACAACUAUAUGAUAUAUACCGUUUCUCUACGCGUCAAGAUUUUCUUACAUUCAGAGUUCUCCGGAAUGAUACGGUAGUUCAUUUCAAUGGAUCAACAGUGUUCGUGAAAAUAAAUGAGGUCUCGCCUCCGGUGCCACAACACACAUUUCGACUUAUCGAAUUGGAGGACUUGCACACAGAAAGAGAAAGCAAGGAAGUCAUGGCAGACGGAAAACUAAUCUCUUGCUCAAAAUGCAGAAGGGAAACCCUCAACAUCACUCUUUGGGGAGACAUCGCCAGGUCAUUUGACAUUGGAACUGUGCAAAGAUCAUCUUCUCCUGUUCUUGCUGUGUUUACCAGCUUGCUUCUAGGAGAAUAUAAUGAUCCUGCUUACAAAUCCUUUGUGCUUUCAAUCCUAUUCUCCAAAAUAGGAGACAAGGUGCGCAUAAUCGGUGCCAUCUCCAGCCAUCAAACAACUAAAUGUGUUGAACAACCAAACCAAGUGACUGUGUCGGAGUUGAAUGCACUUAAUCCAAUAGAUUACAUGGAGAAGCUGGUAUUCUGCAGUGCUUCGAUUCGAAGAUUCUCACCAAAUGGAUGGUGGUAUAGAAGCUGCUCAACCACCGGCUGUUACAGGAUGCUGCACAAAAAUGAGGAGAAGGACAAUAAAUACUUUUGUCCGUUGCAUAGUCUUCAGAACCCGCAACCAUCAUCGACAUCAAAGGAAAAGAGAAAAGACAACCAUAUAUAUGCAGAUUUAGAACCAGAGAAUGGGUGUCAAGCCUGUCCCGGCAAGCGAGCAAGCGGGCAGAGGACAGAGGACAAGGACUGGGAGGAGUUCCCGGAUCUGAAGUCAGCAGGGAGAGGAGGACCGAGCUACCAGGACCCGGCCCGAUCGAACGACGCGGUAGCAUCAACAUCAGCGUCGACAUCAGCCGUGACGUCACCGUCAUGCGCCUCCGAUCAUCGCCAGAGUGCCGGAAAGGCGCCCCCGGCGAGUCCUUUUGCUUCGUCGUCGGCGUCGCCGGCAGGUGCGGGAGCGGCGAACAGAGGCGCGGCAGGUUCGGAGCCUGCGACGACGGCGGGGAAGCGGCCGGAUUAUAUGUUGUCGGAGGAGGAGUUUCAGGUUCAGCUGGCGCUGGCAAUCAGUGCUUCGAAUUUAGACGCUCGCGAUGAUCCAGAGAAUGAUCAGAUCCGCGCGGCGACGAUGCUUAGCUUGGGCGGCGGCGGGGGUGAUCAGACGGGGGAUGAAGCGAAGGCGGCCGCAGCGGAGACGUUGUCGAGGCACUAUUAG